AUGCACAUGCAACACGUCCAAAAAAGAACGUUGCACUCUAGAAGCCUCGAUGCGCCGCACCCCCCACCGCCCGCUGCAGCGAACGGUCUCGCCGCUAAAAUUAGCGGGGUGGAGUUGUGUGGCAGGUGUCAUGCGCAGGGGAUGGGGGGUUUAGAGCUCAAUGCUUAUCUGUGCCAGCUCGCAAGCCUCAACCAUCCCAUCUUUCUCUACCUAAUCAACCACACGCUCUUUAUAUCUUUCCCCAGCUUUUCGUCCCAGCAAUGCGGGGUAUUGUACGCCGUUGAAAUUUUGGCAGGAGAACUUAAGAAUAACACAGAAAUGAGGCAGACUAUUAGGGUUUCCAGCCUUGGACGGCUGGCCAGGCCGUUUGUGAGCUCGACACCGCAAGCUCCGCCCCGAGUCGCGUCGACGGGCAUCGGCCGCCACGAGAGGGGGUUUGCGGGGUUGAGUAGGUUGCCGCCCGUCCGGGCUGCUGCGACAGAGGGACUCCGAUUCGCGGGAUCGAAGCGGUGCUUUAGCAGCAAGAAGCGUGUUUUUGAAGCUGGCGAGACGCCCUCUUUUGCUUUCGCGUUUGACUGCAGCAUUGACGGUGUUUUAUUGCACGUGGCCAAGCCCAUCCCUGGAGCUGCUGAAUCACUGCAAUUCCUCCAUGACAACAACAUCCCCUUUAUUCUCUUGACGAAUGGAGGCGGCAAGCCCGAGGCCGUCCGUGUCCAGGACCUCAGCGACAAGCUUGGCGUGCAACUAUCGGUGGAUAACUUUGUCCAGUCACACACUCCCUUCCAGGAGUUGGUUCAAGGCCCGGAAGGCCUUGGUGACAAGACCAUCUUCGUGACAGGAGCUGAUGCCAAGAAGUGCCGAGAGAUUGCAAGGCUGUAUGGUUUCAAGAACGUGGUGACUCCGGCAGACAUUAUUAAUGCGCACCCCGAUGUCUUCCCCUUUGAACGCCUCAUGAAGCAGGUUUACGCCGAGACGCACGAGCCGCUGCCCAAGCCGAUUCAUGCUGGCAACAUGCGCGAUGAGGACGCACUCAAGAUUGAUGCCAUGUUCGUGUUCAACGAUCCGCGCGACUGGGCGCUGGACAUUCAAAUCAUCGUGGACAUGCUGCUAUCACGUAAUGGAAUUCUGGGAACGUACUCCCCAAAGAACGGCGACAAGUCGCUGCCUAACAACGGAUGGCAGCAAGACGGCCAGCCGCCUCUCAUCUUCUCCAACGCUGACCUCUUCUGGUCGACGACAUACCACCAACCACGUUUCGGCCAGGGAGCGUUCCAGGCAGCUGUUGCCGGGGUCUGGUCGCAGGUGACCAACGGCGUGGAGUUGCAGCGGACUGUGUUUGGCAAGCCGUUCCCGACGACAUACAAGUACGCUGAGCGGGUGCUCAACUCGCACCGUCAGGCGUUGCUGGGCAAGAGUGGCAAGCAAGGGGCUGCGCCGCUGAAGACGGUAUACAUGGUGGGCGAUAACCCUGAAAGCGAUAUUCGGGGUGCCAACGAUUUUAGCAAUGACGAGACUGAGUGGGCUUCGGUACUGGUGAAGACGGGCGUCUGGAGCCAGGAGAGAGGCGAGCCUACGCAUAAGCCCAAGAUGACCGUAGACGACGUCAAGGCAGCAGUCGAAUGGGCAUUGAAGAGGGAGGGACGGCCAGUGACCAUUUAG